UCGAUUCGCAGUGUGCCUGAAAUGAAGGAUAUUGUUUCGUUUAUAUCCAUCUACUCGAGACAAUUUAUUAUAAAUAUGGUCAAAAAUCCCCCUCAACGUAUCCUGUUCUUCAUCCUCCUCCUCUUCGCUUUGCCUCCAUCAACAACACCCUUCUCCUCCUCUUAUUAUACCACCACCUCUUCUCCCCUCUUAUAAUAGCCACUGCUACUACCUUCACCAUGCAAACCACCUCCUUUGCCGUUGUUGCUCUUGCAGCCUUCCAGCAAGCUUCUGCCGAGCUGGUCCCCGCGGAAGCCGUCCGCGCCGUUGGUCCACAAGUCACCCCCGUCCACGUCUACCGCCGCGACGAAGCCUCGUGCCUCGACAAGGCCAAGAGCAAGAUUGAUUUCCCCCCUCCUCCCAGCGCCAUUGCCAACUUGCCCACGGCUAGCAAUGCGGACGCUUGCAAGGAGACCUUCCCCGCCAGUCUGUCGUCCGAGGUCAUGGAUUAUGCAGGCAAGCUGUCUUCCUGGGCAGAGAAGAUGAAGACUUUUGUCAAGCAAGAGCCUGCGCACUGCGGCAGAUCUAGCGCCGUCGAAUUUUCUUCAUGCACGCUGCCGUCCAUCACAUAUGUCUGGUCCGGCGCCGCUGCUACCGCGAAUGCCUCGAGUCUCAUCAACAGCCCUCCUUUCCCGAGCAAGAUUGUGAUUUCUGACAGUCAAUCGUCUGCGGCAACUUCGAGCGCUGUCAGCAAUUCACUGUUGAUUGGCGCUGCUGCUGCUGCGAUUGCGGCCUUCGUUGCUGUCUAACGGCCUUUCCUCCUCCAACCGGCGUGGCUGUGCUAUAGAAUAGAUUAUACCAAGAGGGGCUGUGGGGAGUGCAGUCAAUUUAGUUUAUUACGUUGAAUUUAUAUUUCUCUUCUACAGACGUUGCUCUC